AUGACCUCGAAUCGUGCGAGCAAGCGUGUAUCUUCGACCCUUGUAGGUGUGACGGCAGGACAGCCAGAAAAGGAGAUUGUAGAAGAUGCACUGUUUAGACAAUAUCUUCAAGAACUCAGCGAGGAAUCUAGUCCAAUGAAGCUUCUUAAUGGUUACAAUACCUGGUUUCCAGGAGUUGAUAUGUCAGAAGAGAAUGCUUUCUUUUACAAUGCAUUUGCCAAAGGAUUCAUGGUGUCUGUUUCACCGCAGUUAGCUCACAAGAAUCUUCAAAUAAGCGCCGUUUUCAUACCACCUGGAAUAUCCAAUCCAAUUUUACGAUCUGUAUUCUAUGCCUGUGGUGCAGCCUUCCUUUGUUGGAGGAGGAAAGACAUGUGCCAAAUCGCAGAGAAGAAGUAUGAGCAGUGCCUUAGUAUGGUUAGCCGAUUUAUAGAUAAGAAAUCGAUCAUCGGCAACGAAUCCUGGCUUUUGGUUGCACUGCUCUGUUUUUGCUUGAGAGAAAAGUAUCAUGGCGAGGAUGUAACACUUAAUACUUGCCAUUUGGUGGCCGCACUAGAGAUAAUACGUCUUUGGCAGGCCAAUAAACGGAGGAUUCCUGGAUUUUUGAAGAGUCUUGCCCCCCAAAAGCAUGCUCAAAAUAAACUACUGAAACAAUCAUCGGGUCGCUCCAUUUUACAAGGAAUUUAUGGUAAGUUGGAGGAGAGGACAGAUGAUUCGGACUCUGGUUCUGACAAUUUCUUUUGCCUAGAUGAUGAGGUGUCUCCGGCCAGUUUUUCUACUGUUUCUAAUAACCUGCAACAAGCCCAGUUGAAAAACGCAACCAUUUUCCAUCAACUCAUCGGCAAAAUGCGCCCACAGUUAAUGGAAGAAGCAGAAAGUAUUGAGAGAGAGAUCAGACAAGAUUGUUCUUCUCCUAGUGACUCCGAAGAUGCCUGUAUUAGUAUCAGCAAAGUGGGCAUGUCAGAGAUAUCGUCUCACUUUAUGCCAGGAGAUCAGACAGUGGAUGCCUGUGAGCGUACUCUUUUGGAGAGUUUCCUUUACAACUACACGAUCAAUUUGUUUAUAUGUGAUAAGAAUGCUGUAGAGUACCUUGCAUCACCUUUCGAUGUGUUCAAAGCAUUCAAGGACUUUCUAUCUCCUCGGAUUUACGAUUGUCCUGUGCCUUGGAUGAACAAUCCUGUCAUGGGAGCCUCUUUACCAGCGUUUGAGAUAGCCGCUAAGACUAAUUGGUUGGCAUUGCAAUAUCCUUUAAGUGAAAAGAAUAGGAAACUAGCCGUAUUACUAAUGAAGUCCGCCAAAUACUACGCUCUACCAGUUCUUCCGGCCAACAUUAAAGCCCGAGAACCAAAGAAUGUACAAAGAAGGCUCAUGGAAAGUUGCUAUAUGGGAGGUAUGGUGUCAAAGGCUUCCUUUAUCUUUCUAAAAAAGCUUCUCAAUCCCGAUAUACAAGGAUCUGAUAGUGAAAUUGUGGAGACUGUUGAAAGCUUCAAUAAGGAUCUUUUCAUGUUGACAUUGCAUAGUCAAAUCUCUGCUAUUUGUGCUUGGCCCAUGGCCAUUGUUGGUGUUGCUGCAGUUCAACAGGAACACCGGGAUUACUUGGUCUGGAGAAUUAAUAAUUUCUGCGACGUGGUUAGAUCAGAAGCUUCGUCAACGGUAUUGAAGUAUUGGGAGGUUAUCUGGGGAGAAGAAAAGGAUGGUUUGAGAGCCCUCGGUUCUUCUUUGGAUGCGUUGCUUGACAGAAGAUAUUUGAAGUAUUUAUUUAUUUAG